UCUAUUUUAUUUGUCCCUUGUCAUUUAGUGGCAUAGGUGCCGAGAAGUUUCCCAUCUCACCUCCAUCGUCGCUGCCAAAGCCUCCCCUCAAGUUGGAGCAACAUCUGCGUGGACGGUCAUUCUCGACACUUCGUUCCUUUACAUACAUCACCAACCGGUCCCCCAAUCUGCCCAUCAUGCACGUCUACCUGGACUUCAGAAGGUUCCGUACCCGCCUCCAAGACCUCGCCAGCUUCAGGCGCAAGGAGAAGAAGCGAGUUGUGAUUUCUGCCCCGUUCAACUUCAAGAGGGAGGGAGGAAUCCCCCCCGGAAUGAGCGAAGACGAGAUCCUGUUGAUGCGCGAGAAGGCGGCUGCAAGUCGCAUCGGCAUCGCAGACGAAUACGGCGGCUCCUGCCACUCGCUGCACCCGCUGCCGGCGCCGCCGAGCAGGAGCAGCUCGCUGGUAAUGCGGGCCCCCGAGUCUCCGCUGAUGAUUAACUUCCGCGUCUCGCCGGUGGGUUCGAUGAUGGCUUAGCCACACAACACUGGGUUGGUUAGAGUCGGUGAAAGACGGUCUGGACGACCCAGACACACGAGACCCUGGAUUUUCCUUGAAGUGUGUGUGGGAAUUGGGUAUCUGGAUGGACGGAACACAGAUUGAACUGAAGGAACCAUGGACAACGGAUGGCUUCAGGGGGAGGGAAUGUGAUCUACCCAAGUGCGGGCGCUUGGAUAUUGGCUUGGAAUUGAUAUCCCUAUUUCUCUAUUGGAGAAGCGAAGAAGAGAAUACCUAGAUAGAACCACCACCGGUUACUAGAUAAUGCGCCCUGCGCCCCUUUAUUAAGCGUUAUUUCUACAGCAGACCCAAAUAAGGCUUACAACGGCAGUGUCUCUCGAGGCCCAUUUUGACAGGCGGAUUUGAUGACUUUU